GGCCAAGGACCCCAGGACUGAGAUCGAUCCGCAUCGCCACCAAUCACCUUCACAGGUCACUCUGUGUGUUUUCUACAUUGUUUGUGUGCAUGUGAGUUAAUCACCAGUUUCACCAUCGCCAUGAUCGAUCUCGGACUGGCCCGCAUCGGGCGUCUUCUUCAGCACACGCCGCAGACCUGGAAGGCCAUCCACGUUGCCGGCACCAACGGCAAGGGCUCAAUAUGCGCCUAUCUCUCGGCUAUGCUCAGUGCCAGCGGUGUCUCGUGUGCGAGGUUCACCUCACCCCAUCUCAUCGACCGCUGGGACUGCAUCACUAUCAAUGAGAAGCCCGUCUCCGAGACGAUAUUCCGUCAAGUCGAGGGCUUGGUCAAGCAACGGGAUCAGGACGAGAAGAUCGGGGCCACCGAGUUCGAGCUCCUUGCUGCGACCGCCUUUGAGAUCUUUCACCGUCUGAAAGUUGAGUAUGGCGUAAUCGAGGUUGGUCUCGGCGGGAAGCUGGACGCUACCAACAUCUUGAAGCACAAGUCCGUUACCGUCAUCGCAAAAAUUGGUCUUGAUCACCAGUCCUUCCUAGGAAACACGGUUGAGGAGAUCGCGCUGCAAAAAGCAGGCAUUAUCCGCUCCGGCGUUCCCUGUGUCGUCGAUGACAGCAACGAGUCUUCGGUCCUGAAAGUGAUUCAAGACCAUGCGAAGGAGGUCGGCGGCGUAGAGCUGCACUAUCCCUCAUCAGAUUCCGCCCUGUUGCAGAUUCUCACCAAAGAAGGCUAUGAGCCGCAUCAAGUUCAGAAUCUGGCGUGCGCGUUGUUGGCCUUUCGCUUAGCGUGUCCGGAUGUUGACCACUCGAUGAGUCGUCUCCUCCCCAUCGUUAAGCAGCUGCAAUGGCCCGGUCGUCUGCAAAAAAUUGAUCUCUUUCCCAUCAUCAGGCAGCAUCAAGAGGCUCUGCUGGACGGAGCCCACAAUAGCCAGUCGGCCGAAGUUUUGGCUGGGUAUGUCAACAAGCACUACCGCUCGCGGAGUCAAUCAAUUACUUGGGUUCUGGCCGCUUCCAAGGGCAAAGAUGUGGACAGUAUUAUGUCCCACAUCAUACAGCCGAGCGAUCAUGUCACGGCUGUGCAGUUUGGGCAAGUGGAUGGAAUGCCGUGGGUUAAAGCCGAGGACCCGGCCAACUUGAUCAACCAGGCAACCCGUUAUGGCGUUGAGACUCAAAAUACGCACAACUCGGGAGAUGAUGUACGAGCUGCCCUCGAAUGGGCAUCCAAGGCUGCAGGAGAUAAGCCGAUUGUUGUUGCUGGAAGUUUGUACCUGGUCUCCAGUGUCCUGCGUCUCAUGCGUGAGGCGGAAUCUUACCAAAAGGCGUGAGGCGUGGUCAGCUGAGAAAAUUGGAUGUCGAAAUUUCUGGGCUGGUGUUUGUUUUGAUUGAAAAGGGGCUCUUUACACCCCCCUACAUAAAUCAAGCAAUGUCUUCAUACCC